AUGGAUUCCAGAACCAGAAAGCUGUCUUGGGGGUUGGUUGUUGUAGCGGUGGCCUUUGUCAUCAGUACAGGUGAAGCUCAAGACUCCACCUCAGUGGUUCUGGCUAUCAUUGCUUUCGGUGAUUCUGCGGUCGAUGUCGGUAACAACGACUACCUUCCCACCAUUUUUAAAGCUAAUUAUCCACCCUAUGGUCGUGACUUUGUUAACAAUCAACCCACCGAAAGAUUCUGCAAUGGCAAACUAGCCACUGAUAUCACUGCGAUUGUCGAUGGCCUUUUCCAAGGUUUUCAGCUCCCCAAUGGUGGGCCGCUUCUCUCCAAUCUUUGUUAUGCAGACGACGUCCUUUUUAUAGGUAGAUGGUCGGAUCAGAAUGUGGUGACUCUCACCCGUUUGCUGAGGUGGUUAAGGUUGGUUACGGGGCUGAAAAUUAAUAAUAGGAAAUGUAAACUUUUCGGAAUCGGUGUUCAGGACGAGGAUGUGGCUCAAAUGGCGGCCAAAUUGAAUUGUGAGGCAGGGGUGCUGCCUUUUAUGUAUUUGGGAGUUCAGAUUGGGGCUAACAUGAAGAGAGCAAAAUUUUGGGAUCCAGUGGUGAAUAGGGUGGGUGCGAGGUUAUCAAAAUGGAAAGCGAGACAUUUGUCUUUUGCGGGUAGAGUAACUUUAGCUAAGUCGGUCUUAGGGAGUAUUCCGGCGUACUACCUGUCUUUGUUUUUGGCUCCUAAGUGUAUAAUUAAGAAGAUUGAUAGAAUCAGAAGGGAUUUCAUUUGGGGUAUAACAGACACAAGAAAAAAAUUUAGAUGGGUCAGAUGGGACUCUAUGUUGCGUUCGAAGAAGUCCGGUGGUCUGGGGGUUGGGAGAAUCAGAGAUUUCAACCUUGCUAUGUUGACUAAAUGGUGGUGGAGAUUCAAAGUGAAUCCGAAUCAUCUCUGGGCUCAUGUGAUUGGCUCGAUUCACAAAUACAACACUGCGAACCAACUUAUUCCGGUGUCCAAAUCGAUCCCCGGGGGUUGGAAGGAUAUCGGUUGCAUGGACCCGGAACUCCAUAAGAUGGGCAUUGAUAUCAAGCCGAAUUUGGUUGAGAGCAAUGGAUUUUGGAAAUGGCGGUCUAGUUCGGAUGUCGCGUUCUCGGUCAAACAGGUGCGGAGCGACUUGGAAGACACGCUGGGGGCUGAUUUGUGUUGUAUUCCAGGUUUCGAAUGGAUCAUUUGGGCUCCACCCAAAGCCAACUACCUACUCUGGAGUUCGUGA